CUUUGGUGGCUAAUCGAUGCUUACUGUCUUGGGUCUCUUCGCGGUUCUUACUCGAGUUUUGUAAAAGCUCAAUUUUGUCAACGAGGUUACGUUUUAAUAAUUCUGGCUGAUUUUCGGUGUAUAUUGUGUCAUUUGUGUUGGAAAUAAAUAUAUUUUGGCAUGGAGAAACGUAUAGAAUUAGAAAAACGGGGAAAAGAUCCUGCGGAAAUCAAAGAUCUUAUCUUGGAUAACUCCAGAAGUACUUCUAUAAUUGGUUUAACAGAUGAAUUUACCAAUUUAGAAAGUUUAUCACUUAUCAAUGUUGGUUUAACUUCCCUUAAAGGCUUCCCUAAACUUCCCAAUCUGAAGAAACUUGAAUUGAGCGAUAAUAGGAUAUCAAACGGGUUGAAUCUAUUAGAAACUAGCCCGAAAUUGACAAAUCUCAACCUCAGUGGCAACAAAAUCAAAGAUUUGGAAACAUUGGAACCUUUAAAGAAUCUAAAAAACCUCAGAAAUUUGGAUCUUUUUAAUUGCGAAGCAACUACUGUAGAAAAUUACAGGGAGAAGGUUUUCAAGAUGAUACCAAGUCUCAAAUAUUUGGAUGGGUUUGAUGAGUUGGAAGGUGAAGCGGAAAGCGAUUUGGAUGAAGAAGUGAACGGCAAUGAAGGUAACGAAAGCGCGAAUGAAGAGGAUAGUGAAGAAGAAGGUUCGUCGGAAUUUGAAGAAGAAGUUUACGAAGGCGGUUUGCGAGCUAUCUAUUCGCAAAAUUUAGAUGAUACAUCGGAUGAAGAAGAUUACGAGGCGAUCGAAGAAGAAGACGAUGAUGAAUGUAUCGAGGAAGAGGAAAUUGAAGAAGAAGAGGAGGUACCUCCGACAACCGAUGGUGCGUAUUUAAAUAUUUUUUUCAUCUUUUUCGUUUUUAAUGUGUUUAUUUAUUUUAGUUUCGAGGGGAAAGAAGCGAAAACUCGAAGAAGGGGAAGGUGAAAACUAAACCCGUUAUUCUGUGUGCAUCAUCAAUAUGUAGUGAUAUAUUAAAACAAAAAAACUUUAUUACCGACCAAUAAAGUGUCUCCAACUUGGCGAGAAGAGACUUUUUCGUUAAAGUCGUAACCCCUGGCUGUGGUUUCAUACUUUACGGGAAAAAAUUUUAAUUUUUGAAUAAAUACGAUAAAUUCUAAAUUGAAUUAUUAACUCGGUAAGUUAAUUAGCCGAAUAUUAAACUGAUCUUAAUAUGGGAAAUUUUUACAAAGGUGUAAGUUGAAUUAUUCAUUAUAAAUUUACACUUGUGAUUGAGUAAUAAUUUAAUUUUUCAUAUAGGAAUCGAUUAAUUACUCCUAAAAUUGUUUAAAUCUCCAAGUUGACGCUUCUACUAUGUAAGGAGCGUGCUAACAGCUAAGAUGUGGAUUUAAUUUAAUUUAGAGUGUUACUUAUUUGAUGUUAUAUCGUAAAUAGAUAUAUGAAACUUUUUUACACAAAUUAAAUUCACAUCUUUCGAGUGAAAAACUUGAAAAAAAAAUCGAGGAAGUGUAAGUUUGUAACGAAAACAAAUUUCCAUUUCAACUUAUAUAAAUAUACUUUAUUUUCAGCUUAUUAGACAAAUUGACAUUCCAAAAAAGCAUUAUUAUCGAAUUACAUUGUUUAAUUUAGUUUUUUAUGAAAUUUUAGUCGAUUCAGAACUUUUUACAACCUACUAGACCCAAUAAUCAAUAUGGGUUGAUUUAACUCCAACAAUCUCAAGUCUCAAGAAGAGAUUUUUGCUUUUUUCAACUUUCUGUAUCAUUGACCUCUUCUUGGCAAUAGAAAAGAGAUCUUCAGAUGCAUUUUAGUCUCUCCCAUUCUUUUUGUUGCAUAUUUUUGCUCUGUUUAUGAUUUACCUCCAACACUCUUUGUUCCUGGCAAGAUAUUUUCACUAGUUUGCUUUUCUGUACCAAAAAACUGAUAUCUACUAAUAUAUUUACAACCUUCCUUGUUUUCGUAACAGAUUUUGACUUUUCUUGACUUCCUCAUUGAUUUUUGUCAGGAAGUCUAUAUCUGCCUUUGUUUUUCUUGGCUCCCUUUGUAAUUCAUCUCCAACAGUCUCUGUUCCCGGCAAGAGAUUUUUGCUUUUCUUGCUUUCUUCUACAAGAGUGCUCAGAUUUUCCAAUAUAUUUAAGACUCCUUUUGCUUUAUUUUAUUUCCUCCAUGAUUUAUCUCAAAUACUCUUUGUUCUUUGCUUUUCGUAAAAAAUUUCAGCUGUUCUUGGUUUCUUCAAUGAUUUUCCUCUCUAAUAUUAUUUCUUGGUUUCUUUUUUUUUUCCAUAUUUUAUCAAGAACUGCUGGCGGUUAAAUAAUUGAAAAGCUUUCGGGGUACUUCAUCGGGUAGUUGUAGAAUUUCUUUGUUUUUUAUUUUUUUAGAUACAUUCGGAUAGUUUUGCGAGCAUUAUAUUUGCAUUUUGUCUUUUCUUUAUUUGAAUAAAAUAAAUUUUAAAACGCAAAUAAAAUAUUUAUAUAUAAAUAAAUGGUAGGGAAUUUUCACUUUACACACCUUUGUGAAUAUUUGAAUAGGUAAAGUAGCAGCCAGAUAUUGUUAAACAAAAUGUAAGAGUCAAUGACGGUAUAGUUCUAUUUUGUACAUCCAUUAUUACAUAAUAAUGUCUAGUAGAUUUAGGGUGUUGACAAUGCAUAUGGAUUAAGUUAUUGUUUUUUUUAUUGAUCUUGUGUUAUAUCAUCAUUUUUUCCUCCAAAUAAAAUUUCUUAACAUUUA